GAAGAGAGAGGAGGCUGCCUGGCUCCCAUACAGGUCCUCUGCAGGCUAAGAGCUUGCCUUCCUUUCUAGCCCCCAGUCCAGUGGCCAUUUGAGUCCAAAUCUGAUUUCACUUCCAUUUCCCAGCCCAGCUCUGAGCCUCCAGGGUUCCUCUGGUGUUCUCCCAAGUUACCAGCUGAGCGUGACGCCCACUCGAAAAAUAGAAGGUGUUUUUGCCGGGGCCUACAGUCCUGACCUGGGCUUCUGGCCUCCAGGAUCUCAUGCAAACUCUUCAGCUGACUUACAGCAGGCGUCUGAGCCCUUUGUGAUGCAGACACAAUUCUUGCCUGCCCAGGCUAGAUCAGCAUGAGUUUCCUUUGUCUAACUGUGGCCAUAUGGCACAGGCUUUGGAGGAGGGUGAGUGAGAUUCUGAGUGUCCAUGUAUAUGAAUGUGUAAGUACGUGUGCAUGGGUGAGAAGGUGAGUGUGUGUGUGCCCGAGCUUGUAGAUAUCUCUGAGUGUGAGGGAUACGGACUGCCACUGUAUCUGAGUGUGUGGGUGGAUGCGUGUGGUUAUGGGUUCUACAUCUGGAUGAGAGCCUCUGUGUGUGUGUGUGAGAGAGAGAAUGUGAGUGUGUGUGAGAAUGUGAGUGUGAGUGUGACAAUAUGUGACUGUGUAAGAGUGCUAGAAUAUGUGUGAGUGUGAGAAUGAAUGUGUAUGGGUGUGAAAAUCUGCGAGUGUGAGAAUGUGUGUGUAUAAGUGUGAAAUGUGUGAGUGUGAGAAUGUGAGUGUGAGUGUGAAAAUGUGUGAGUGUGUAAGAGUGCUAGAAUAUGUGUGAUUGUGAGAAUGAGUGUGUAGGAGUGUGAAAUGUGAAUGUGAGUGAAAAUGAAUGUGUGACUGUGUGUGUGAGUGUGAGAACGUGUGAGUGUGUGUGAGUGUAUGAGAGUGUGUGUCACUGAACACCUCCUUUGGGCUAGGUUCUCUCCUCCUGAGCCUAGGAGACUGUACUAUGGCCUGCCAUUAGACUGUGCCUGCCAUUUAUUUCCUGGCAUCUCAGCCUGUGGGUUUCACCCUUUGAGCUCCUGGCCUACGCUACAGAGUGGGGCUUUGCAGAGAAAUCUGGGCAGAGGAAGAAGGAUUGUGUUCCCAUGAACAUGGACGUGUAUGGGACUGUGUGACUGGGAAGAAGGGGCUGGGAUGUACCACUCUAGAGGAUUCUGGAGGCACAUGUGGCCCCCAGCUGCCACUGCAUCGUGUACAUCCAUCACUACUCUCAUAGGGAGAUCAUGAGCCUCAUCAUGAGACAUUGUUUGAUUGCUUUUCAUCUCUUCUCUCAUGCUAUGUCCAGUGGGGCCUCCAUAACACCCUCCAAGCCCAUGUCUGUAUUGGACACCGUCCUGGGGGUUAUCUUCCUUUCUCAGACUGGAGUUGGGGUCCUGGGCAACUCCUUCCUUUGCUUUUACAUCUUCACUUUGUUCAGCAGCCGCAGGGCAAGGCCGAUGCAUGUCAUUCUGGCCCAACUGACAAUGACUAAUAUCAUAGGGCUCAUCUCCAGGGGAUUCCCAGAAGGUGUUUUCUUUUUGCAGAAAGGUUACUUACUGGGAAACCUAGGCUGUAAAAUGGUCUUUUACGUCCAAAGGGUCAGCCGGGGCCUCUCCAUUGGGACCACCUUCCUCCUGAGUGCUUUUCAGGCUGUCACCGUUAGUCCCAGCAACUCUAGGUUGGCCAAAGUCAAAGUCCAGAAGCUCAUCAGGCCCUCAUGUGUCUCCUUGUGGAUAUUCAACAUGAUCCUAGAAAUAAAUGUGCCAUUAUAUGUAACUGGACCGAGGAGCCACAACAGCAGUUACACAGGUGGAUUUGAUCUCCUUUACUGCUACUGGGGAAAGGUGUCACAAGGAAUUACUAUCCUGCCCUCCCUUCGAGAUAUCCUUUUUGUCGGAGGCUUGGUCUGCUCCAGCGGCUACAUAGUCUUUCUGCUGGACAGGCAUCAUCAGAGAGUCCAGUACAUUCACAGCGAGAGCCUCUCCUCAGGGACAUCUCCAGAGCUCAAGGCCACUGAAACGGUGCUGAUGCUGGUGAGCAUCUUUGUUUGUGCUUACUGCAUCAGCUGUGGCAUCACGCUCUACAAAGUGUACGUGACUCACCUUGGUGUCCAGGUGAUGAAUGUGGGUACCUUUGCUGCACUGUGUUUUCCAACCAUCAGCCCCUUUUUGCUGAUUCACAGGGGCGCAGUUUAAUAUGAGGCUGUGCUGCCUGGCAGAGGCCAAGACUCCAUUCUGGAAGUAGCCAUCAGGCUUUACAGAUUGAUUUUUCUCUGGCUAAAACUCCUUAGUGAAAGCCCCCGCCUGACACUCCCUUAUCCUAAUAAGGAAGUCAAAGUGGACUCGGAUCUCUGGUUGUUGGAGCUGCAACUGUUCUCAACCAGAAGAAAACAGAAUAAAUGGGCUUGGAGGACUUGGCAGCCAUUUGGGCAUAUGCUCCCCUCAGCUUAGAGUUUGACAUGUUAAGCCUUCUGUGUCAGCCCUUGCCAACCUGACUCCAAACUCUCUUUCCAGCAUCGUUGGUUGUCACUCCUCCUCCAGUCCUUUAGUUCUGGAGGCCAAUGUACCCCGACUGAUUAACAAGGUCCAAGGAGGCAAGGUCAGCAAAGCAGAGCCCAGAAUGAGGGCCCCCCACUGAUUCCCCUUUUGUGACUUCUUUCCCCAAAUUUUCCCCACUAGUGGAUUUGUUAUGAUUAUUAUUUUCUCUACAAUACAGGAGAAAUAACAUGAGAGCAAAUACUAAUAGAAUCAAUAAAUAUAUAGCCUACUUUAAGCCCCCCAGGUUAUUACCCCCAAAAGAUUGCAAUUACAGAAUGAAAGCACAAAGAUUACUGCCCAUGACCCCUCCUUUCCCAAGCACAAGACAUGCUCCAAGACCCUACAGUAAAUACCAGCUGAAAGCUUGAGGACUAUAAUGAAUCUUGUCCUACAGUUACCACACUCGAGUGAAUUUGUUGGAACAGAAGCCAAACAGCAUUGCCAGGCACUUGAAAGUAACACAAGAAACACAGAACCUGUAAAUUGAGGAAAACCCCAAAAUUGGUCUGCCUGACGUCCUCACACCUAGAUAGGAAGAUGUUUUGUUGUUCAUCUCCCAAGCAAUUAUGCUGGAGAGUGAAAGCUGGCCAAAAGCACAGUGAUCCUCUCAGCAGGUCAAGGCGUAAUAACCUACAAAUGGCUUUAUUCACAUUAAUCAUAUCUAUGACAGAGUGUUGUAGAAACCUUGUAAAUGAUCACAGAAUUCUUUGUUGUAGUAACAGCACAAGAGUGUUGUUUAGGUGAUUUGAUAAUAUCCAAUCAAACUGUAGAAUGUCAGAUAUGUAGAGAAUUGGUUAUGUGUGUGUACCAAAAACUAUAUAAUAAAUGUACCAUGGUACUAUGGCAG